GAUGCACACAUGAUCCGCCAUGAUGCACACAUGAUAGUGCCAUCCUUCACGGCAGUGUCAUUGGUGACAUGUUUAAUGAUGGCAGGCUUCAUGGAGUACUUAUUGGUGACACGGGCUACCCUCUGCGGCAAUGGCUCAUGACGCCCAUUCUAGAUCCCACCUCAAAUGCCGAACGUCACUACAACAGGUGCCACAGACGAACCUGUGUCCGGAUUGAGCAGACGAUUGGCCAGCUGAAAAAAAAAUUCCCGUGCCUUUCAGUUGGUCUCCGAGCUCAUCCUGAACGAGCAUGUCGUUUUAUAAGGGCGUGCUGUGUUCUGUUCAAUUUGUCAAAAACCUUUGGGGAGCCAGAAAUUGAGGAGUAUGAGCCCAUUGAAGAUGACGACCAUGACGUGAUCCCAUAUAAUGGCCCACUUCAGGAUGGAGUAGCUCAUCGAAAUCGUAUCAUUGACAGAUUUUUUUGAAUUUGAAUUU